AUGGACGGCACCUUCGUUAUAAUCGAACGGAGCAGGCUAGUGGACUUCCAAAACCUACUUAACGGCAUCUUCCCUGAGAUCGAAUUCACAAAGGAAGAUGAGAGUGCCGGACAACUGCCGUUUCUGGAUGUCCUCGUCACGCGCAUACCCAACGGGGCACUCAGCACCACGGUUUAUAGAAGAGCAACUAAAAAAUCCAAUAGUGACUGCAAAAAGAAGUUUUUUUAG